GGUUUCGAACAUUGGCAUCCAUCUUUCCAUUGUAGAUUUUGCAUUGGGCAACACAUCUCCUUUUCGAUUUACUUUUGGAGGAAAAGUAUAACAAAAACCAUCCAAAAUGGGUAAGGGAAAUAAUAUGAUUCCGAAUGCUCACUUCCACAAAUAUUGGCAAAAGCAUGUCAAGACGUGGUUCAACCAACCCGCCCGCAAGAAGCGUCGUCAUCAGAACCGCGUCCGCAAGGCCAAGGAGAUUUUCCCACGUCCAGCGGCCGGACCUCUUCGCCCAGUGGUUCGUUGCCCAACAAUCCGCUACCACACAAAACUACGUCUUGGACGUGGUUUCACUGUUGACGAAUUGAAGGGAGCUGGUAUUUCUCCAAACUUCGCUCGUACCAUUGGUAUCUGUGUAGAUCGUCGUCGCCGUAACAAGUCCAUUGAAUCCCGUCAAAGGAACGUUCAGCGACUCAAGGAGUACCGCAGCAAAUUGAUCUUGUUCCCAUUGAACGAGAAGAAGAUCGCCAAGGGUGAAUCCACCGUUGAGGAGACCAAAUUGGCCACCCAACUUAAGGGCAAACUCAUGCCAAUCACCAAGGAGGUGCCCGAAAUUGAGGUCAGGCCUGUCACUGCUGAGGAGAAGAAGUUCAAGGCAUUCGCUACUUUGCGCAAGCAUCGUACUGACGCUCGCAUGGUUGGAAUCCGUGCCAAGCGCGCCAAGGAAAGCGCAGAAAACCCUGACGAUCCAGGCAAGAUUCCAAAGGAAAAGAAAUCUAAGAAGUAAAUUGACCUUUACUGUUUAUUAAUAAAAACAAUUUUAUAAUGGA